AUGGAUACUUUCCAGGCCGAAACACGCAUGGCGGUCAAUCCCACAGCUAGCACCGCCCUCCAGUCGAUCCGGUCAUCAUGCGACCGCUGCCGGUUCUACAAACUCAAGUGCACCGUCCCAGCCGAGUCGGACGCGCCGGUGUCGUGCGAGCGAUGUACGCGUGCCAAGGUGUCUUGCAUCUUCGGGCGGCGCAGGCGGGCGGCGCGAUCGGGCGCCGGUGACGCCAAGAGACAACGGCCAACCUUGCCCAGGCGGUCCACGAGCCCCGCGCCCGCGCCCCGCUCAUCAGCCGAAGGUGGGGCUUCAACGGCGACUCCACUUUGCGAGAUUGCAACGGCCGCUGCCUCGCCGGGUCAGGAUACGCAGCUGGUGAAGGAUGCCGCCGACAGCAUCCACGUCCAUGUUCCGGAUCAUCAGCAGCAGAGCAACUACAUACAGGGUAUCAACGGCUGGGACUUGCUGCAGCACAACUUCAGCCUAGACGACGCAAAUAUCACCGAUGCCGGACCGGACCUGCUAGAUCCCGCACUACAGUCACCAUCCCCGUUCUUGCCGGCGCCGGGUCAACAGCCAACUCCAAACGGCACCAUAAUAACCAUGAGCGGCAGCACUGCCGCCCCCGAGGUAAACACGAGCAGCCCUAGCUCGGCGACGCUUCCGGGACAGCGGCUCCUUACGCUGAUUGCAGAAAUGCAGCAGCGCCUCAGGAUGCUCGAGGAAGGCCCGUGGCAGCAUGGCAGCGCGCGCAGCCUCGACGAAUACCCCGUCGGCACCGUACUCCACCUCUCAGAGGAGUUCGCUGCCGUCGCCGGGUCGGUGCUUAGCAGGGCCAGCUGCGCGGUCGGGGUACCAUCAUCCAGGAUCUCAGAAGUUGGCUCGACGGGCGGGAGAACAACAACAACAGCAACAACAACAACAACAAAAUGCGACGACGGAAAGUUCUGGGGUGAGGGAAUGGCCGGAUUAGGAUCGCAAUCGGGACCGAUGAUGGUCAACGACUGCGACACGACGUCGACGCUGCUCGUGCUAGUGGGCUACAUGUUGCUGAUCCGCAUCUACGGCAUCGUGCUGGGCCAUUUCCAGGUGCACCUGAGCGGCAUCCCGUCCGGCGGCAACCUCAACCACAUGAUGCCCGGCCACGGCGGCUCAGCGAGUAGCUCGAACGCGAACACGAGCACGAGCACGGGCACGAGCCCGUCGCUGCAGCUGGGCGAGCUCUCGUUCGCCAGCGCGGUCCCGGACCUGGGCAGAAUCCACACGGCCGUGUGUAUGCUGCUGGCGGCGCUGCACGGCGUCGAGUGCCAGCUGGGCCGCGGGGGCCCCGUGGGCCGCAACCAGCUCGUGACCUUGCUAACCCAGGAGGCUGUGCUCCGGGCCGGCGAGCUCCAGGACGGCUGUGGCGGCUUGGGCGCCAAGGUGCGCUCGGUGAAGGAGUUGUUGCGCGAAAAGAUAGGUCUGUAA